UAAACCAGGGGUUAAGUAUAGCAGUUGAAGGCUGCAAGCUUUGACAGGGUUGUACUAUUUUUCUAAUGCAUAAGGAGAAGGGAGGCUAGGAAUCAGGCAACAGAAGGAAAAUCCAGUGAAAGGAGCCUUUGAAACCUAGCCUGAAAGGAUGGUGUUGGUGUAGGGCAUGGAGAAGGAUAACAGGUCAGGUGCUUAGAAAAAUCUCUGUAUUAGGCACUCAGACUAAAAGAUGGUAUUUCACUUGCCUCCCCUCCUUUAGUUCUUGAAUCCUGACUGUGAGUGGGUAAGGAAGGCGGCUGUCUGCUGCUGAGGAUGGGAUGCCAGGGAGUCUCUCUUGGGGAAGGAAAAAAUCUUUGGUUGGGCUUAGCAACAAGAAGAGGGGAAAAACAAGACACCCAAGAAGAGAACUGAAUAGCCUCCCGUGGCUAUCAGGGGACCAAGCCUCCACUUAGACCAAGCCAGAGGCUGGACAGCUGGCAAUGCAGCAUUGUGUUGAGAUGCUGGGGAUCUCAGGGGAGAUUUCUGGCUGAGCCCUUGAACCCACAUGGGGGAUGCUUCAGGUGCAUAGGACCAAGGGUUUUCAGGAUAUGUCCUGCACACAGAAUGGAGUCCAGUGCCUCUUUGAUGUGGACCCAGCUGCAGCUGGGUGAGCUCUGUGUGGCAGGCAGCUUCUUUUUCUGAGAAGGAAGACCAGGGGAGAGGGAGACCACACUGCGGAGGAGCCUGCACCAGCCGGGCUGCGUGAACAACACAAAGGAGGAAGGGUGGGCAGGCUUUUUUGAUCUCCUUUCCACGCUUUCAUGAGCCACUUCAGAGCCCAUGUGCAUACCCUCCCAGCAGAUAUUAGAAUCCCUGUGAACCUCAUCCCACCGCCAGACAUUCAGGAACAUUUAGAUUAAAGGCCUAAAUAUGACCGUUGCUACUGGAGACCCCACAGAUGAAGCAGCAGCUUUGCCUGGUCACCCUCAGGACACCUACAACCCAGAAACUGACCAUGAAUGUUGUGAGAGGGUGGUCAUUAACAUCUCUGGACUGCGAUUUGAAACACAGCUGAAGACACUUGCUCAGUUUCCAGAUACCUUGUUAGGAGACCCUAAAAAAAGAAUGAGAUAUUUCGACCCUCUCCGGAAUGAGUAUUUCUUUGAUCGUAACAGACCCAGUUUUGAUGCUAUUUUGUACUACUACCAAUCAGGUGGCAGGUUAAGGAGGCCUGUCAAUGUGCCCUUGGACAUCUUCUCAGAAGAGAUUAGGUUUUAUGAACUUGGAGAAGAAGCUAUGGAGAUGUUCCGGGAGGAUGAAGGUUACAUCAAGGAAGAAGAACGGCCUUUACCAGAGAAUGAGUUUCAAAGACAAGUGUGGCUUCUCUUUGAGUACCCAGAAAGCUCUGGACCUGCCAGGAUUAUAGCAAUUGUCUCUGUCAUGGUCAUUUUAAUUUCAAUUGUAAGCUUCUGCCUGGAAACUUUGCCUGUGUUCCGGGAUGAGAAUGAAGACAUGCAUAGCAGCAGUAGCAGCUCAAGCCUUUACCCCAACAGCACAAUGGGGUCUCAUCAGCCAACCACAUUCACAGAUCCCUUCUUUAUAGUUGAGACUCUUUGCAUCAUUUGGUUUUCCUUUGAAUUCCUGGUGAGAUUCUUUGCCUGCCCAAGCAAAGCUGGGUUUUUUACUAAUAUUAUGAACAUUAUUGACAUUGUGGCCAUCAUUCCCUAUUUCAUUACCCUCGGAACAGAACUGGCUGAUAAACCAGAAGAUGGCCAACAAGGCCAGCAAGCAAUGUCUCUUGCCAUCCUUCGAGUGAUCCGUCUGGUGAGGGUGUUCAGGAUCUUCAAACUUUCCAGACACUCCAAGGGAUUGCAGAUUCUGGGGCAAACCCUUAAGGCCAGCAUGAGGGAGCUAGGCCUUUUGAUAUUCUUCCUUUUCAUUGGUGUCAUCCUGUUCUCCAGUGCUGUCUACUUUGCAGAGGCUGAUGAGAGUGAAUCUCAGUUCCCCAGCAUCCCUGAUGCUUUUUGGUGGGCCGUGGUUUCCAUGACAACAGUUGGCUAUGGAGACAUGGUCCCCACAACCAUAGGUGGAAAAAUAGUUGGCUCUUUGUGUGCCAUUGCAGGUGUAUUAACAAUUGCCUUACCAGUGCCGGUUAUAGUGUCCAAUUUCAACUACUUCUAUCACCGUGAGACAGAGGGAGAGGAGCAAGCUCAGUACUUGCAAGUUACCAGCUGCCCAAAGAUCCCUUCUUCCCCUGACCUAAAGAAAAGCAGAAGUGCCUCCACUAUUAGUAAGUCUGAUUACAUGGAGAUACAAGAAGGUGUGAAUAAUAGCAAUGAGGACUUUAGAGAGGAGAACUUGAAAACAGCCAAUUGCACCCUAGCUAACACAAACUAUGUUAAUAUAACCAAAAUGCUAACUGAUGUCUAGGUGAUGAGGGGGUAAAAGCAAGACAACCCUAAUAACAUAUAUUUUAAAAAUGGAACAAUUGCAAACGUUGCAUAAUACCUUGCAUUGUAGCUAAUACAAUAUGUUCUACAAUAUGUACUGGUUAUGCAUGGAAAGCAAUAGUUGUGUAAGUGACUCUUUUUAACAUUUGAUGCUCAAAAAGCUUUCAUGCAACUUUUUCUUUUCCAACACAGAUUUUUGAGUAUAUGGAGCAUUUAAGACAAAACCAUGUCACAUUAUCAAAUGAAAGGCACUGGAGAAAAACAAGAGCAACCAUCUCCCCAUGCAAACCACAAUAAUGAACAAGUGCAAACAAGAUAUGUAUCAUGUAAUACAGAACUCAAUCCAUGCAAAAAUAUAUCCCCAGGAAAUAGUAUGCAACUAUACUUCUAGCUUUCAAGCUUCAGGAAUUAUACAAAAGGUCAUGCAUAGUUUAAUUAAUGGAACAUCCGUCCAAAUUACUUUAAGGUUCAGAUUUCCAGAUCAGAAAUGCCAAAGGGAGAAUAUGCUGUGCAGGGUCAUGCUUCUGAACCAAAAAUGCUGCAUUGGAUUCAUCCACUGCAGCAUGUCAGUGUAAGGCUCGCGGGAGGCACUGUUUAGUAGGACAUUUUUUGUUGCUUUGGUAGAGAUACAUCAAGAGCCUGGAGACAUUUUUUUUAUAAUAACACAUGCAUUCUUUGCUGGUUUGGGGGUCACUGACAUAUUCAGAACUGAAAAGCAUCUUGUUUCAAAUGCUGGAGCAACUAAGCUGUGGCCUAGAAUAUAUUUAUACUGCAAUGAAAUUUAACCAGUAUUACAGUACAGCUGCAUGGAUAUUUGUUGCAUGGAACUUAAUAUUUAAUACAAAUAUAUAUCUAUCUAUUUUCUUAAGUAGACCAUAGAGUGUACCUAUUUGUAGUAUUUCUAGAUUCUCCAGUGGCUUGAAGGAGAGUAAUGAACAUAUAAGAGGGAGGGAAAAACAAUAGGCUUGGGAAUGAUGUAUGCUGAACACAAAUUUGAUAAGUAAGGCAAGUGUUUGCUUGCAUGAAUGUACACAUUGACGAGGAUGAAAUGAAAAGUGCCCACUUGUCUUCUGCAUGUUGGGUAUAACUGGUAAUUAAUUAAUAGUUGGUAUCAUUAUCUGAGAUUUACAGCUGACCCGGUGAAAGUGAAAUAUUUGGGCAUGUUUGUGAUUAAAGGAUCUUCGAAUGAUAAUGUCAAGCAAAUGUUAUGCAAAUAUUUGAUAUACAAAUAUAUAAGCUCACAGAGACCACAGAGGUUACUCAUGCUACUUAAAAAUGUAGACUAGUUGAAAUUUGCAACUAAGAUGAGAAGUUACAGAGUGUUGAUGAGUUUAUCUGAACCUGUAUUGACCUGGACCUUAUCUGGCUUCAAAUAUUUAAUGUUGCUUCUGGAAGUGCAUGGGAUUAUGCAAUAAUGCCAGCCCAAAGUAAUUUAUUCAGGUGUGGGCAAUUUUGUCCUUUGAAAAUAGGUCUUAAUAGAGCUCUGUCAGCUGUCAACAGCAGCUGAAGAGUUGACUUUAUGUGAAUAAGUGCAAUGCAUGGCUUAGGAGUUUAGGUUUCUGUUGGUAUCUUUGUCAUGUGGUGAACCCAAUGUUCUUAGACUAAAGAGAGUUCACAUGUCCUUCUAGAUGAGAGGUGAACACAUUCCAGAUUUUGGUGGACUGCAGUUCUGGUCAUUCUCUCACUACCAGAUAUGCUAGCUAGAGCACUAGACAGAAUUGUCCAACAAAGUCCAGAGGUCCAUAUGUUCCCUGCAGUUAACAGAGUGUUAUAUGGCAGCAGAAUUUGUUUUUGAGCAAGUGGACUAUAGCAAUAGACAGAUUUUACAAAUUGUUGCCCUGGGGUUGGCAGACUUUCACUGCUGUAGCUUCAACUCUCCAGGGUCAGGAGAGGCCCAUUUUGCUACCAAUAUCACAGGAAAGUUGCAUUUGAAAUAAACAAGAAAAACUCUGUGACCAAAAUCCAUUUUUCUCAUCAGUUGCACUUUUGCAGCCUUUUAAGAAGGCUGGAAGUGUUGCCUUGAGAAAGAAAGGCAAAGAAGUCUGUUGCUGCCAGCUUAUUUGCAUAUGGCUAAAUUUGGAUCCAGUUUAUUGCCUAUGUAUUUUUUAAAUUAUAUCGUACAUAGUAUAGACUCUAGAGUAGUAAGAAACUCUGCUGAUAAGGGAGUACAAUUCAAAUUCACCAUGACACACAAUAAGCUGGAUCCUGUAAGCAUCCGUUUGGGCAUCUUGCUUACUAGUGCUCAUUUUGCCUCAUGGUGGAAGAAUCCAGUUAGGGUCAACAAUUCACCAGACAAAAGUAAGAAUGUGUGCUGAGAUGUUUUCACAGAAUGAUAGGGAUGGAAGAGACCACAAGGGCCAUCCAGUCCAACCCCUUACCAUGUAGGAAGACACCAUCAAAGCACCCUUAACAGAUGGCUUUACACUGAAUUCAGAACUUGGGAAAGCAUGGCUUCAGAGUGGGUUUGAUCAUAAAGCCAACUUAUUAGCAUCUAGCUUUGUCCUUUCCUUAUUGUGCUACAUUUGGCUCACUUUUAGCAGCUCUGCGGGACAAGGUGGGAGUGAGGAAGGAUACAGAUUGAGUUGCAAGGCAGAUACAUGCUGAAGUGAUCACUAUCCUACUUGACCAUAUGGUGAACUCUAUACAAAUCCAUUCAGUUUAGCAAGCCAUCCUGGAUGUGUAUGUUGGUUCCAAAUGAAAUAAGUGUUUCCAUCAAGAGGGAAAUGAAUACCACAACAAUCUCAGUGUAAGAAGAUGUUAAGACAUCUAUGUGCCAAACUAGUACUUUGUCCAGGUCUUUUGUCCAGUCCUUUGCUGGAGCAUAGAACAUAUACAGUUGGUCCUCCAUUUGCAGAUUUGAUAAUUCAUGGAUUUGAUUAACAUGUUUUUCUCUAGGAAUCUCUUGGUUCUCCAGGGUGAUUCUCUGACCAGUUUCUGCCAAAAGCUGUCCAUAGAAACAUGCUGGAAGACCUAAGAAUUCUUAGAGAGAACACCUCUCUAGAUAUCUCUAGGUUGGCAGGAUAAUUUUAUGGUCAGCUUCCAGAGAGGUUGAACAUAAAGUCAACUGGAUGACCUAGAGAGGUAUUAUCUCAGGUUUUAAAGAUAGUGUUUUUUCCACUUUCAUUGGCUUUUUAUGCCCUAAUUCCCAUGAAAGCGGAUUUACAAUCCUAAUGUUAAAUUAUUGUACUUAAACUCCUAAAUUUCUUAGAUUACGUGCUUGCUGCCCACUCAUGCCAAGGAAAGAACUUAUCUUCUUGCCUUUAACAGUAACUGCAAUGUGUGCUAUAAAGAUUCAAAAAGCAUCAAACAACACUGACAUGUAUAAAGAAAAAAACAAGCAAGCCCACUGUGAUGGCCUUUCUAACCAUAUAUGAUUUGAAGGGGCUUUAGUACCCUUAAAACUCUAUUAAUAGUCCUGGAGCUUGCAUCGCAGGAUUUCGGUUCGCCAACCUCAUAGUGCCUUGUACCCUUCUUGUAGAAUGCUGACAAAGGAAUAGCUUGACAUUACAUCUCUAAUUACUUUCUCUUCAAGUAUGCUAGAAUUUAAAAGGCUAAUUUUGGAAUAUCUUUCAUUGCAGUGAGCAGGGAUGGAAUAAUCCUUCCUAUUGCCUUAAGCCAUGGCUAAAAAUAUUCUGUCCUCUCCGCCCCUCCAUCAAUAUAAAGGAAGAAAUAUACUUGCUUAAAGAUUUAGGCAGGACAGACUGCCUGUCCUGUAGAUUAGGGCAAAUCAGUCUAUGCAAAAAUGCACUGGAGGAGGGCCGGGAGACCGGAUGUUUCUUCAGGGACUUCCCCCGGAUUCAGUCUUGAUGUAAUUAUGGAGCAAAAUCCACAGGGCCCCCAGGGAGCAAGGGGACCAGACAUAAACCUACUGGCUUUCCAUAGUGACUGGGGAUAAUUAUUGUUAGGCCCAGGUUCAUUACUGAAUUGUGAGCAUGAAACCAAACACUGUAGAGAGAGGUAUAAAGUGCUCGUUUUUACCAUUACAUUUGGCUGUAUCCUACCAACACCAAAUACCCCAUUUCAUUGAAUUUCACUUGCUUUUCUGCCACCACUACCUUUUCAUGAUUCCAGACCACACUUGUUUUCAUGCCCACCUUUAUCUUCCUCUUAAAAUGGUAGAGUUUGAACUUUUAAUCCUACCUUUUUACAGAUGGAUACUCAUUUAUGUAUUUGGUCAUAUAAUGAGGUAAUAUGACUUAUUAGGAAGAUUUAUGGUGCUAGGUAAAGUAGGAAGCAGUAGGAGAAAUUGGGAGUUUGCAUUACAUGUGGAUGGACAGUUAAGGAAUCCAGAGCUCUGAGAUUGCUGGACCUGAGUAGUCUAUUGAUGUGAAAGGUCUUUCAUGCCUAAGGUUGCCAUAGGUCAAGGCUAACGUGGUGGUAAUUUACAGUAAAACCAACUUGUCAUCCAUGUUUUCUUCAGUGAAGGAACACUUCACCCUUGGAUUAGAGUUAUCUUUCAUAGACCAUGAUCUGAUAGUUUUUAAUUAUCUCUCAAGGCAAGUUAGGAAUAUUCAGGGUGAAUUGGUGCCAAAGUGCAACAGUGUGAGUUCAGUGUCAGCUUUAUUUUCCACCAAAUGAAUGAACAGUAUCUCGGAAAAAGAGCAGCUUGAAGAGAGGAAAGAGAAGUGAAACCUGGAAGUGGAGAACUAACUAACUAACUAACUAACUAACUAACUAAAAGGUUGGCAGGAGAUGAAUUGCAGCUUGAAUUUAUUUUAUUUUUAUCCUGCUUUUCUCCUGACAUAGAACCCAACAUAGCUAUACAGCUUUGCAUUUCAUGAUGGUUUAGAUGUGUUCUUACAGCUGUUGAUCUACUGCCUAUUCCAUCCCAUUGAUGGUGGCUGGCAGUCACUUGCAGUUGGUUAAACUGUAUCUCACUUGAUCUGGGUUCUGGCUAGUGACUUUGCAAAAGGACCAUUACUGGUCAGAACUUUAGGAAUAUCUGCACCUUCUGGAGAGGUUAAAAUGACAAGAAAGGGCUGUCUGUAGUCUCAUGGAUUGUAAGGCUGGGCUGCUCGAUAUCCCUAUUUUCUCUACUAUAGCCUAUCAAAUCAAUUAAGAGGAAGCCCUAGCAGAUGACCUAGAUGAGAUCUAUCUACUUUGUAGGCCUUCACUAUUCAGUCAGCCUAAACACAUUUACAGGUUUCGGUUUUGCAGAUGUUAUUAUUUGCAGAUUAAUAUGUUCUCUCAAGGAAUCCCAUGGUCCUCCAGCAUGAUUCCAUAGUCAACUUCUCCCAGAGAUUCCUAGAGAGAACAUUCCUCUAGGCAUUUGUAGGUACUCCAUUGUGAUUGUAUGGGCGAUUUCUAGCAGAAGUUGUACAUAGAAUCAUGCUGAGGACCUAUGGACUGAGAGAGGUGUUCUCUCUAUGAAUCUCUUGUAGAAGAGUCCAUAGAGUCUGUCAUGUUAUAAAGGGGUUUGUUUUAUUUGAAGUCUUCUCACUUUCGUGAGGGUCCUGCAUACUCAGUGAAUGAGGAGGGCCCACUGUAUUUGCACGCUUCAAAAAACAACAAAUGGCCACCUUGGAACUAGAAAACAUAAAUAUAAAUUCAGGUUAUGAAUAUCAAACAUAGUUUAAUUUUAUAUGCU